GCGCUAUACACAAAUUUUUACUAUUGUUUAUAUAGUAUUGUACAUAACCUCUCAUGAUAUUUUCUGUAUUUAAAAGUGCGCUUUAUAAUGUUCGCGUUAAUGAGAGAAGUGAUUUUCUGGAGUUUCGAUGACAAUAUAAGCAUAGAAGACUCGGAUUUUGGUGCAUUCAAAUACCAUGAUAAACGAAUUGAUGGCACGUAUGAAGAAGGUAAAAGAUCUUACUGUCAAGAACGUGGUAUGAUUUACGUUCCAGAAAACAAAAAGGGAAACAAGUUGAAAUAUUCUAUUAAAUAUCUGGAGGAUCAACUCAGAGAUAAUUCUGUAAUUUAUUGUCAAUGGUAUAAUGAUUCUAUUGUACAAUUAAUGCUCAGCAAUGGUUUGUUAGUACAAAUACAAGUUUGCCUCUUCAGUGGUGAUAUACAAGAAAUUCAUUUUGAUAAAUAUCUUGUAGGAAAGUUAUCAGAAUUUAUAUCCGAUGUUAUUAUUACUAAGAAUCAUUUAGUUUGUAUAUACAAUGAUAAUCUAGUGACACUGGUAUAUUUUACAAAAGCUAAAACACACAUCUUUGACAAGAUCAAUAAAUUAGAACCUAAAUUAAUCACAACAGAUUUAUUUGUACCUAAUGGACGCAGACUCGACAAGAAAAUUCAAGUGAACAAGUCUGCUGACUUGGUAUUAAUUUGGCGGAAAUCUACAAUGAAUGAAGUUUAUCCAUGGAGUCCUGCUAUGAAACAAUAUCAUCGUGCAAAUAUGCAUCUGUUUCGACUUACAGGAACAAAAUUAGAAUUGUUAUGUUACAUACGUACUGAGUUUGAUCCUUUGUGUAUUACGUUUGAUAUAUGUGAUGACAAUAUUAUUCAUUCUGUAGAACAAAAAGUUUCAAGGAAGGGAGAAGUCACUGUAGAGUGGCGUACAUAUGAAGUUUCUCGGCAAAAUAAAUUAAAAAGAAUUGCCGUAAUUUCUGUACCACUGCCGACUCAUACAAGUUGCGUGAGAUUCUCACCUCAUCAGGAAUUAUUGCUAUUAUGUUGUAUUGAUGGCACUAUUAUGAUAUAUGAUCAAACAAAAUCGACAACCACCAAUGUAAAGGCUGCAUUUAUACCUACUUUAGCUGCUUGGCAUAGCGAUGGUAUAAUAUUCGUAGUGGGUAAUGACAGAGGUCAGUUUCAACAUUUUGAUAUCACUUUAACGUGUAUCAAAAGCCAGUCAUUGAACGAUGAAGCAACACCAGCGAAUAUUCUUGACUUAUCACCAUAUUUCAAUAGGAAUCAGCAUACCUUGCUACAUAUGGAAUGGAACAGGAAAAGCGACACGAAUCAAAUUCGCUAUUACAACAAUAACAAUGCUUUAUUCUUGUUACUUUUUGAACGAGGACCGAUAGGCGUUAUUAAGGUAAUCGAAGGCGACACUCUAUCCGGAGACGAACUAGUCAGAAGAUAUUUGUCCGAAUCUCGGAUAGAACAGGCAACCGCCUUAUUGUUGUCGAUGAAUUGGGAUACACAUUCACAUAUAUGUAUGCAUUCACUUAAUCAAAUCUUAAAUUAUUUAUUCAAGUUGCCACUAACAACGGAGCGCGAAGGUUUGAUACAAAAUGCACUAGGUAGCUUUCACGUGCCUAUUAAACCGAUAAGUCAGGCCGUUGAAGAGGAAUAUGGGGAUGAAAUAAGGGAUUUAACAAGACGAUUCUUUUAUCAUUUAUUAAGGUAUAGAAUGUUUGAGAAAGCCUUCAGAUUAGCUAUUGAUUUAAACGAUCAUGAUCUCUUUAUGGAUAUACAUUUCUAUGCUGUGGUUUUAAAUGACAUAGAACUGGCAACUGCAGCUAAAGAAAAGGCUGAGAAUAUUUUGAGUAGAUCAAACAGUUGCAAUGAUUCGCAUUCGACGUGUUCGAGAGCAUCGUGUUCUAUAUGCUCUGAUUCAAGCAAUGAGAAAGGUGAAGAAGAGGAGGAGGAAGAGGAAGAAGAAGAAGAUGAAGAGGAGGAAGAAACAUAUAGCGAAGAGAGCGAGGAUUCUCGGAAGGAGGAACGAGCUAGUCUAAAACAGUCGAAAAAGCACCAUUAUAGAAAAGCCUCCAGUCAAAUCCCACCCCUACCAGUUAUCAAAAACACACUGUCUACAUCCUAUAACAAUAUUUCAUCCAUUAAUAAGACUGAUUAUACUCUAAUACCUUCGCUCUUGGAUACUUCUAACAGUAUUUUAACUUCAUUUAAUCACUCUUCGCACGUUUCGAAUCCAUUUCUAGCAUCGACCUCUUUCAACAAAUCAUACAAUAUACAAAAUUUUAUAUCAGGUAACAUAGCGAACAUCAAUAAUUCUCCAACGUUUAAUAAUGCACCGGAUGAUUUAAUGACUACAUCAUUCGGCAGUGUUUCUCUCACUGAAUCAGACGUAAUGGUCGAUGAUCAAUCCGGCGAAAAUUUUGACACUGGAUCGUACGACAAGUCGUUACUUAAUGAAAUACCAUAUUCCUUCAAUGGUUUUGUCACCAAUGCGAUGACAACUUGCACGCAGGAUGAUAGCUUCAUCUCAACUCCCUUCAACAAACCAGUGUAUGAAUCCGAAGACAUUGAGUCGAAUUAUUUAGCAAGCUCGUUAAAUAGUGCCGUUGAUAGUAAUAUUAUGUCAACAUCGUUCAGUACUCGAAUUACGAGUGCUCCCGUUUCGUUUAGUAAUUCCUUCAAUACAACGAAUAACAAUUCUGAAACAACUUCUUCCAUGUUGCAAAGUGCAAAGUCCUCGAAGAUAACUGAUAAAUUAUUAACCAGAAUUCUCAUUGACGAUGCUCGUCUGCCUCAAGCUCAAUUACCUCUUCCAGACAAUAUCUGCGACAAUCUGAUGUCCACUUCGUUUAACUAUGCCGAUAAUACAGCUCCCGAAAGUAACGAAAUUACGAUUCCUACUAGAUUUAGUGGCAAUGAUCAAGCCAUUAAGUUACAACAAUUUGCAACGGUGGAAGAGAAAGAAACAAGCAUCGAUAUUCCACCACCACCUUCUCUGACAAACUCUCUCGCUAACUAUCUUCAUGGUCUACCCAGAAAAAAUUAUCCUCUGUCCAAAAGUGCUCCAGGUUUAUCGAACAUUACGGAUGAAUCGAUACACAAGUUUCCCUCGAGCAAAGCAACUUGUGUGCCGUCGCGCAUUUUACAGAAACCGAAUUCCACAUCGUCUAAUGUAUCUCAAAGUCAAAAAAACCCGUCUUUCAAAACUUAUAGAUACAAUUACGAUUUAGAUUAUGUACCGUUUCACGGAGUUUGCGAUGACACAAGCUUGCAGCAUUCACAAACAGUCGGCAAAAAAAAUUUUCUCUCGCAAAAUUUUCAUCCUAGCUAUAAAUUAUUCGAGAAUAGAUAUUCGUCGAGGUCUUUCCAAAACCUUAAUAUAAAUAAAGAAACUAGAAUAUUUUCCAAUAUACCACCUUUGCCUAUAAUUAAUACAUCUACUACUAAUCCAACGACUUGCUCCACGUGUCCGUCGUUCACUGAUGUACCAAUAAGCUUUAACGAAAAGCCAAAAGUGAAGUUCUCGGAUACUGUCACUCACAUAUUAGUACCUGGUACAAUUCCAGUACAUAGGCAGAAACGAUCUGCACAAGCACAUGUAACCGAUCCUAAACGUGAACUAGCUGAAAGUCUUCCACUCUGUCUGGGUAAUGAAGAUUAUCUUAAAGAUUUUCAACCAUUAUCUAAAAACGAUAUAGACGAGAAAGUAAAAGAAUCUCCAAAAUCUGAUGACAGUACAAAGAUUAAAGUUGUACAUUUUGGUUUAUUGUAAAUUUACAAGUAGAGUAUUAAGAAAAUUUAUUAGAAUUAAUUUAAUAAUAAGUUGCGAGGAGUAUUUGCACAUACCAUUUUAUAUGUAUGUGUAUCCUUAUGAUAAUACAAUGACAGAAACAAGAUAGAGGUUGUCAAUUAGAUAAUCCAAUCACAGAAAAGAAUACUUUUCUAAUUCAUAUUUAAAACCUGAUCUUACUUCUUAAUUUUUUCACAACUGU